AGCUCCAGGAGCAGCUCCACGCAGGAGACAUUAUGAGAAACAAAAACAAAUCAUUCCAUAGAAAAAUGAAUAAAGGAAAGACACUGAAAACACUUCUCCAACAUCCAUGAAGCAUCCUUAGUGCAAUCUGUGAUGUGCUCAUAAAGUGCCUGAGCCAAAUCCCAGGGCCCCAGGCUCAAUAGCAGAGCAUGUGCUCUAUUUGGGAGAACCAGUGAAUGAAGUCAGGCUGAGAUAUUGACACUCUAGAAAAAACUGACAGCCUACACCACGUAUUGAUUCUACUCUUCUCUACAAAUAUAGACUCCGCGCCCUACCAGUCUUAUAGUUCUGCCCCAGAGACCACAAAUAUGAAUGCCACAGACAAUGGUGUCAACUGUCUAUGUUCUAUAUGUGGAGACAGAGCAACAGGAAAGCACUAUGGCGCAUCCAGCUGUGACGGGUGCAAAGGCUUCUUUCGACGCAGCAUACGCAAGAGCCAUGUUUACUCCUGCAGGUUCAGUCGGCAAUGUGUUGUUGACAAGGACAAACGAAAUCAAUGUAGAUAUUGUCGGUUAAGAAAGUGUUUUAGAGCAGGAAUGAAAAAAGAAGCUGUACAAAAUGAACGCGAUCGAAUAAGCACGAGAAGAAGCACAUUUGAUGGCAGUAGCAUCCCUUCUAUUAACACACUGACACAAGCUGAAGCUCGUUCUCGCCAGAUCUCAGCAUCAAGUCCUGGUGCAAGCACUGACAUAAAUAUGAAGAAAAUUGCAAGUAUUGGUGAUGUUUGUGAAUCUAUGAAGCAGCAGCUCUUAGUCUUAGUGGAGUGGGCUAAAUAUAUUCCUGCCUUCUGUGAGCUACCACUGGAUGAUCAGGUGGCACUGUUAAGAGCUCAUGCAGGGGAACACUUACUGCUUGGAGCAACAAAGAGAUCCAUGUUGUACAAAGAUAUUUUGCUUUUGGGAAACAACUAUGUUAUUCAUCGGAACAGCUGUGAAGUUGAGAUCAGUCGUGUGGCCAAUCGUGUUCUAGAUGAGCUGGUUAGACCAUUUCAAGAAAUUCAGAUUGACGACAAUGAAUAUGCUUGUUUGAAGGCAAUUGUAUUUUUUGAUCCAGAUGCAAAAGGGUUAAGUGAUCCAGUAAAGAUUAAAAAUAUGCGCUUCCAAGUACAGCUCAGUUUAGAGGACUACAUUAACGACCGGCAGUAUGACUCCCGGGGUCGGUUUGGAGAGCUGCUACUGCUCCUGCCCACACUGCAGAGCAUUACCUGGCAAAUGAUUGAGCAAAUACAAUUUGUUAAACUUUUUGGGAUGAUUAAAAUUGACAACCUACUGCAGGAAAUGCUCCUGGGUGGUGCUUCCAAUGACACUAGCCAUUUCCAUCAUCCAAUGCAUCAACAUUUAUCUCAAGAUCCAUUAAAUGGACAAACUAUUCUUUUAGGUCCCAUGUCAGCACUUCCUCAUCCAGACCAAAUCUCAACUCCUGAAACUCCACUGCCAUCUCCACCACAAGCUUCUGGACAGGAACAGUACAAAAUAGCUGCAAAUCAGGCUUCAGUCAUUUCACACCAGUCUCUCUCCAAACAAAAACAGUUGUGAGAUCAUUAUGUUUACUUCCGAAUGGCACUGUGUAAAUGUGAAAAGCUUCUUGUCUUAAAAUUUCUCAGGAUAGUACUUUUGGCAAAAUCUUAGCUAAGGUUUCUUUGUGGUGCUGCUAAAAGAUAUCCUAUUUUCUUGUUUAUAUGCUCAAUUUAUUUGUUGCUCUAUUGUUUAACAUCUUCAGUUGCAACCAAUGUACAUUGAAGUUUCCCUGUUUUCUUAUAAUAUUUUUCCUAGCUUCCCUUGCACUGCACCUGAACUGAAUCAAUCUCUUUUACUAUUUUCAUUGUCUUAAUGUUAAUUUAAAUCUGUAAAUAAUUGCCUUAUCAUGAUAUAAAAUUGAAUGUUCUUUUUUGACUAUUACAAAUCAGAAGUCUCAGGUUAAUAUAAAAUAGACCACAUUUUUAUAAAGUUUAAGCUUGAAAAUUAGAAAAAUAAAAUAAUUCCUAUAAAAAUGGUUAUUCUAUUGAAGAAGGAUCACUUACACAUAUCUGGUGGCUAGCACAUCUAUUUUUGACGCACAAUUAAAUUUGCCAAUCUUUACCUCAGGAAGCUAUGAUGUAUUUUAAUGAAUGUUGAAACAUGCAUUUCCAUUUUGUAUACAACAGCAUGUUCUAUAAAAUGAAACUCUUAUAACAGUGGCCCAACAGAUUUUUUAAAAGUAUUUAUUUUAGAUUGUUGUCCGACAACAAUCUAAAAGCAGUCAUGCAUAACGCAUAGCACAUUCUUAUAUCUAAUUUCUGGGGAAACUGGGAGAAUAGUUUUUUUAAGUAAGUUUUAUUGUGCCAACUAAAACCCUAUAAGACUAACUCGUGUCACAUUCUCACAUCUAAAUUCUGGGGAAACAGAGAAUAGUGUUUAAGUAAAAAGUACUGUACCAACUAAAACCAUACAAGUCUGGAAGACUGAAACUGGAGACAAUUUAGUCAUCUAUCACACAAGUGUUGCUUUAUUUAAUCUGCAUAACCAUUUGAAAGAGGUGUGACUGUGUUCUUUUUAUAAAGAAACCAUCAAUUUAGCAGGCUAAAGAAAUUCAACCAAAGCUGAUGAACCUAGAGCAAGAGAGUCAUGUUUAAGCCUGCUUCUAACUGACUUGUAUGAAAAUAAAUCUUUGACAGGGAAUGAAAAAUGUGUUUUUUACUGUGGUACUUAAGUAGAUAAGACGAUUGAGUACUAUCUAUUCACUGUUACCAUGUGACACACAUUCCCAGAUAAGCAAUCUGUGAAGAUUUGUUGAAGUUACAUUGAAAAUAGUCACAAAUACAAAUCACUAAUUUUGCAGAUUAGAAAAAAAUGUAACAUCCAGGUUUACUUCUGGUUUUAGAAGUGCAGACUGUUUGAUAUCCUCAUGAAGCAAGUAGUAAGUCUCUCUCUUGCACACACUCUCUCUCUCUCUCUCUCUCUCCCUCUCUCACACACACACACAUUGCAAAUUUAUUUACUGAAAUGAGGGGGAAAAAAGUUGAAUAAUUACCAAUGCUAUAAAGUAGACCACCCAAAGCUGCAAGAAAAUGAUUUAAAUUAUACUUUAAAUUUUUCUAAGAUUAUGAUUUUAUAAUGUUAACUAAUUUACUGGUUCUUAAAGUCAAUUUGAACUCAAAAUAGAAAAGUGAUAACUUAGACAUUAUCAUUGAUUGAACCAAAUCAAUAAAAUUCCUUCAAGAGCUGGUACUUUUGUAAAGUGUAAAAUAUAUCUGAAAGGGUGAGAAAUGUUUUUAAGUACAUUUAAAAAAUAUAUAUAUAUUCUAGUUUUUCUAUUUCAGGAAUAAGAAUAUUUUUGAUUUUUAUAAAUAAAAAUAAUUUUUGUAGGUUUCAAAUUACUUUGUGUUCUCAUAGAAGAUAUUAAAAAAACUCUAAAUGAAAAACAAAACUUAUUUUUUUGUGAACCCUCAACUAGUGUAUCUGGUACAUUUUUUUCAAAACAGCUGUGCUUUACAAAUUAUUUCUAGCAAUUUUGUUUUAAUAACUAUGGUCAGGGAAUUUGUAAUAUAUUUCUGUAUAGUUAACUGCCAAAAGUACUGGACAAAGAAGAAUGGGUGUUUUCAGUGUAUUUUCAAAAUAUUGAUAAGGAAAGUUUCUGCUUUUACAUAGCACAAAACUUCCCCAGGUAACACAAAAUGAAUAAUUUAUUGUUGAAUAGCAAUUCAUUUUAUAAAUGUAAAAUUAUUUUUAUAAAUUUCUUUGUUGGAAAUCAAAACAAUUCUAGAUUAUUAAAUGCUAAAUUAUAGUGAGAUUAAAAUAUUGCUAAACUGUGAUACCAUGUUGUUUACGGAACUUUCUAAAUAAAAAUUAAGUAAAAAACUAAA